AUGAGGCGGAAAUACGGCUUCGCACAACAACCCUUCGCGCAGUUUUGGAGAUAUCGCGCCUCGACCGAGCGCGUCUCUUCACCAUACUUCAUUCCUUCACCACUUCAUCUUCCUGAGAAAAUGGCUUCGAGCGUAGAUGCCAAACUCCUGAAAAGGACGAAGUUUCCUCCUGAAUUCAAUAAGAAGGUUGAUAUGAGCAAAGUCAAUGUUGAGGUUCUGAAGACAUGGAUCGCUAGUGAAAUUUCCAAAAUCCUAGGCAAUGAGGAUGAUGUUGUUAUUGAGCUCUGUUUUGCCCAUCUGGAGGGACAACGCUACCCUGAUAUUAAGUCCCUUCAAAUCCAGCUUACUGGAUUCCUGGACAAGGAUACCCCCAAGUUCUGCCAAAAGCUGUGGUCAUUGUGUUUGAGUGGCCAAGAUAAUCCCCAGGGUGUCCCGAAGGAGCUCUUGGAGGCCAAAAAGCUUGAGCUCAUGCAAGAGAAGCUCGAUGCCGAGAAAGCAACCGAGGCAAUCCAACGCCAGAGAGAACAAGAUCAAAACCGCGAGCGAGACCUGGAUAAUGUGAGACGCCGAGAGCGAUCAGACCGCGCACGCGGAGGUCGUGGCGGUGACCGUGGAGGCCGAUUCGGAGGACGAGACUUCGACCGACCUCCCAGAGAUCAUGACCGCAGCCGUGACCGAUUCCGCGAGCCUGCACCCCGACGUGACUUCGACUCUUAUGUGCCGCGUGGUGGUCAGCGUGGACGCCGCCUAUCUACAAGCUCUUCCCAUGGUCAAUCGCAGGCCCCGAACCAAUCAUCACCCCCACGCCAACGUCGCGACGACCCCCGCCACAGGCCUCGUGGACGUCGUGCCCGUUCCCCAAGCGACGCAAUCUCUCCCGAGCAACGCAACCGCGGAGGAUAUGGAAGACGCAGCAGCCCGGAUUACGGUGACCGUGUUAAGAGCAGAUCCAUUUCCCGCAGCCGUUCCCCGCGCUCACGUUCCCCCAGAGGAGACCGCCGCCGUCAAAGCUCCGUUUCUCCCGCCCGUGGCAGCUCACCCUCGCGCUCCCGCCGCUCUUUUGGACGCUAUGGCCGUGACCGAGACUUUGGGCGCCUGAGCCCCAGCCCUGACUACACUCUCGGCGUCCGUGACCGUGAAGAGAAUCGUCGACCCCGCAGCCCCAGCGGUGGUCGUAGCCGCAGCCGCAGCCCCAAGCGUGAAAAUGAGGGCAAGCGUCGCGGCUCUAUGGCAAGCCCCAAUCCUGAUGAGAAGAGACAGAAGAUGGCUGAUGACAGUGAAGUGAACAAGGCCCAGCAGGCCAAACCUCCAGUCAAUACGCGCAAUCCCAAAAGCAAAGUGAUCGCGAAAGCGGUCCGAGCUCGGAUCGAGGCCAUCCGUCGUGAAGCCGGAAAGCUGGUGACUGCUUCAAAGCCAAAGCCAAAGCAGAAGUAA